AUGGCCACCCUCGAAGAAUUGGAGCAGGACGAGCUCAUCGACCAGGAGAUCGCCGCAUCGUCGACCCAGGAUAUCGCCAACCGCACAAAGCUCCUCCACAACGACAUCUCGGUGAUGUUCAGCGAGAGCCAGAGACUCAGCCAUGAAAAAGCCGUCAUGAGCGAGCGAAUCAAAGACAACCAGGAGAAAAUCAACAACAACAAGCAGCUCCCGUACCUUGUAGGCAACGUCGUGGAGCUUUUGGACUUGGACGCCGAGAAGGAGGCGCUAGAACAAGGAGGCAACUUGGACGUGGACGCUGCUAGACUGGGCAAGCUGGCGGUGAUCAAGACCAGCACGCGACAGACGGUAUUCUUGCCGCUCAUUGGGUUGGUGGAUCCAGAAAAUUUGAAGCCCAACGACUUGAUUGGCGUUAACAAGGACCUGUACCUUAUCUUGGACCUUUUACCUUCAGAGUACGAUUCGAGAGUGAAGGCGAUGGAAGUCGAUGAAAAGCCUACAGAGGACUACUCUGACAUCGGUGGUUUGGAUAAGCAGAUCGAGGAGCUCAUUGAGGCGGUGGUGUUGCCCAUGAAACAGGCUGAGAAGUUCAAGGCGCUAGGCGUCAAGCCUCCUAAAGGCGCCCUUAUGUAUGGGCCUCCCGGAACAGGUAAAACGCUUCUUGCAAGAGCAUGUGCAGCCCAGUCGGGGGCGACGUUCUUGAAGUUGGCUGCUCCUCAGCUUGUGCAGAUGUUCAUUGGUGACGGUGCCAAGUUGGUGAGAGACGCCUUUGCCUUGGCGAAAGAAAAGGCCCCCACGAUCAUUUUCAUUGACGAGUUGGAUGCCAUUGGAACCAAGAGAUUCGACUCGGACAAGUCCGGUGACAGAGAGGUCCAGCGUACCAUGUUGGAGCUCUUGAACCAGUUGGAUGGGUUCGGGUCGGACGAUAGAGUGAAAGUGUUGGCCGCCACAAACAGAGUCGACACUUUGGACCCUGCCCUUUUGCGUUCAGGUCGUUUGGAUAGAAAAAUCGAAUUCCCUUUACCUUCUGAGGAGGCUCGUGAGUCUGUGUUGAAAAUCCACGCCAGAAAGCUCAACUGCGAUCAUAACCUGAUCAACUGGAGAGAGUUGGCGCGUUCUACCGAUGAAUUCAACGGUGCUCAGCUUAAAGCUGUGACUGUCGAGGCGGGAAUGAUUGCAUUGCGUAAUGGUAAGAGCGUGAUUAAGCACGAGGAUUUUGUGGAGGCUAUUGGCGAGGUCCAGGCGAGAAAGUCCAAGUCGGUCAACUUCUACGCGUAA